AUGCCGCUGCCUGCUGGAUGGCGAGGCCCGGACAUUGUGAUGGUUGGCAAGGGAAAGUGGGCCCAGAUUGCAUACCCGCGGCCUGGUCCACAGCCACACCGGCCGUACGACCUUGCGCACCUGAAGAAUAAUACGAUUAUCACGGUGCUGAUCGCUGCCCUGCGGGAGGAGCGCUGCCCUGAGACGGUGCUGAGUGCCUUCAGAGCUGCCGCCCACCCAAAGCGGGUGCGGUUGGGUUUGGUGCAGCAAAACGCGCCAGGCGACACCGACUGCAUUGCCGAGGCGUGUCGCCGAUUGGGCGUGCCGUUGCAAGACCUGGGCAUGGGUAGAUUCGCCAACCCAUCGCAUUGCGCGCUAUUUGGCCGCGCGCGUGUCCUACGCAUGAACGCGAGUGAGGCCGCUGGGCCUGUGUACGCCCGUGCCCAGCAGCGGCAGCUGGUCCGCGACGAGGACGACUUUUGCCUCCAAAUCGACGCGCACACGGAGUUUGGGCGCCACUGGGACAUGAGGAUGCUCGCUGAGUGGGGCGCGGCGGCGAAUGAAUAUGCCAUUUUGACAGCCUACCCGCCGAAUGCAAUGCAACUCGGGAAGAACGUUAACGGGCAUUGGGAGAUGCCGCACUUUUGCCGCGCGCGAGUCGUGUCGCCCGGCAUCGUGAGGAACGAGCAGGCAUCAGCCGCCGCAGGCUUGACCCGGCCGCUCAUGACGGCGCUCUGGGGGGCAGGGCUCUCCUUCAGCCGCUGCCACGCCGAGCGGCGAGUGCCCGCCGACCCGCACCUGCGUCACGUCUUCGACGGCGAGGAGUACAGCCGGGGCGCGCGACUGUGGACGAGCGGGUACGACUUUUACAGUCCCACGCGCCCCAUCAUCGGCACCUAUUACGGCACCGACAAGGGCGGCAAGGGCGGCUGGCGGAGCGUCCACGCCGAGUGGAGGGCAUCGCAGGCGCGGCUAAGCACUCUCCUCCUCGGACGCGGGAGCAGCCAGAGCCCCUCGGCGAGGGCGUCGCUCGGAGAGCGCACGCUCGAGCAGUAUGCGGCCUUUUCGGGCGUCGACGUGUCGGCCGGCCAGUCUCGGCGCCGCUGCCUCGUCGACUAUGUCCCGUGGGAUGACGCCGACCUCGCCGCGGCGGCACCGGGGGAGAGGGCGAGGCGCAGGGCUGCACGCCGGGCGGGGAAGGCCGCGCAGAGAGCGAUGAGGCCAACGGCUUAA